GUAUGCAUUCGCAGUGGCUGGAGAGUAAAGCAAGUUACACAUUUUGUGUGUCCCUUGUUUCAGACUGCGAAUCCAAAGCCCGGGGUUUUCCUUGCCCAUGCCACAUUUCACCUUCAGUCUUCGGUAAAGGAAGACGAGAAAGCACGCGAGAAGAUCCGUGGUUGUGCACCUCAAGUCAACUAUUACAAAACUCAUUACUUCAUAUUACACGGUAUUAUAAUACAUUAUAAGUGGAGGCUGCUGGGCUUAUAAGGUGAGCAGCAGCAGAGGGCCGUUAAAUUUCCAGUGAAGAGACUUUCAUGCGUUGGUGCUAAAUGUACUGCAGUACGCAUAUUAUCUCCCAGUUACCAUCCGGAGAGGAAACCAGCUUUUACAUAACGAACACCAUCGUGGAAACUGCAAACAAGAUAAGUUAAAAUAAAGAGAUAUCAACUUGAUGGUUGGUACGUUGCCACCUAUGUAAAGACAUUCCUCAUUCACCAACAUUUCUCAAGUCUCAUAGAUUAGCGUACUUAUGUAUCUAAAGUCGCUCAUUCUUGUCUCCAUUAUAUAAUUUCUCCGAGUGAUGAGUGAAAGUAAGGUUCAAACAUUCAUCACAACUAGUGGGCAAAGGCGAAAUACGUUAAAUUCAUUGUUCCAAUCGUACCUGUUUUGAAUUGAUUGUGAUUUGUUGCAUAAAUAACUCUUCAUUUCCAUACUUCUUUCAUACUUUGUUGUCUUGCUCUCCUCACGUUGGUAUACCUAAAAGGUGCUGAAGUGAAAUAAAGUGUUGUGUGCACUCUCUUGAGGACGGGGACAUUUUCCUGAUAAAUGUUUAAGUUGGAAUUGAACUGAUAGUGGAUUCAAACAUUGUUCUUCCAUGCUGUGAGAAGAAAUGCUGAGGGGCUCAUGUGUCUGUUUGUACCCACGAACAUCACCACCCACCAAGAGAAAUAAGUGAUCUCAAACUGUUUUUGAGUGAAAAGAAUGGUGAAAGUUGUGCAAAGUUUAUACACUUGGCUGACCGAGCUCAUGAAAAAUUUCUAUUUGUUAUCAAACAGGAAGUGAGACCGGCGGGGAGGAGGGAAGACGAUUGUGAUCGGAGGCACUUCCUCCCACACUUCAGUCUCUGUUGACCUUCCUCACAGUGAUAAAUCAUCAUCACAGCACACCAGACCCCACAACCAAGCUAAGCCAAACACACGCCAGCUAUGUACAUUCCAGCCCAAUAUUUAGAGAGUGAAAAUGAAGUGCGACUAGGAGGAAAAAUAAUUGACUUUGAUAGUGUCUGUCAUCAACCACAUAUGUGUCUAGCAACAGCGUUCCGGUAGCCGGUGUGAAUGUAUGUACAUACAACGUGUGCAAUUUGGUGUGGAAAAUCUUCCCAAGUUGACUGGCUCAUCGUCGUGUGGUUGUGAAGUUCAAACAAUUGAAGAAACAAGGUGUUAAUCCAUAUGUCAACAGAGAAUGUAAUCUUUGUUUAACUAGCGGUGACAGCAUUCAUCGUUCCAUCCAUGUUUUCCUUUCGCUGUCUCAUCGGAACAAUGCGAAUUAUCAACUGAAUCAAUACCGAGAUACUUCAAACUCCUGGUGCUCUGAGUUUAGAAAAUAUUUGUGUAUGUACUCAUAGGACACAAACCUUAUUUCUAUCGGCGUAUGAGAAACAAUGGAAAUUGACUGACAUUUGAAGCAUAAACAACAAAGAACAUAAUAAAUAAUCGAUAUCGCCAUUAUCUUAACUGAGGUUAAACUUUAUUCGUAUAUUUUAAUUACUGGGAUGCGUGUUAUUGGAAUAAUUUAUUAUACCAGUUAUUAUCACAUUACGAGGAAUCCUCGGCACUGCCAGCAACUCGUGUGCAAAGAUUAAUUAGCCAUUCAACCCGAAAACAUCAAAAAGUUAAAAGGAAGCCAUCCAAAAAGAAAAUCACCAACCAACCACAAAACCGGUGCGGUUUAAUAAAUGGUCUCGUAAACACGAACUGAAUGGAUUUUCAUCUUUGAAAGGAUUUUUAUCAAAAACAGAAGCGGAGGAUGGUGUGCUUCCCUGAUUUUCUCUCGUUAGUUAGUUCCUAUGAAGCUUUGCCAAAGAUCAUAAACUGGCGUAACGGGAAUUUAACGACAUGAAUACGUAUAGCGGAAAUAAAUAGCGGAAAUAACGAAAAAUUUAUGGGAAUAAGCGUCACCUCAUAAGCCAUUUCAUGCCAAGUCAGAAUAAAUGAUAUUAAUGCAAAUCUUGCAAAUUAUAAAUCUGUCAAAAAUGGAACACCACUAAACUCAACCUAAAAAAUUCGGCAUUCAGUUCCUGAAAAAGUAAUCUUGAAACCUUUGAACUGCAAAUACAUCCACGAUACUUUUCUCCCCAUUAUUUCUUUCGCACUACCGCAAAAGCCAGCCCUGGAAUACAUGCAUGUAGAAACAAACCCAAAGGAAUAUAAAAACUGGCCAACCAGUCGGUCGUAAACUGGUUGCUACUGCAUAAAUGAAAGCAAGUCGCCGCCGCCGUCGUGAAUUACAACUUUGAAAACAAGAUAAGGUUUAACUGACUCAAUUUCAACCUAUAUUAGACUUGUACAAAUAUAUCUACAAUACGAUACGACAUGUAUAUGCAUCGUCAAAUACUCAAAAACUAACUCAUCCAUCCAACCAUAGCCGAAAUCGGUGCAAUAAUCUUUGUGAUAAUUAGCUUCUGUAGCCAAGUGUUGGAGGAAACCGCCCCAAAGGAGACAACCGUAAAUAGAUUAAUUACCUGAGAUAUUCCUACUCAUCGCCGUCAUCAUGGAUCUGAAAGAUAAGAAGACCUCCAAACACGUAGUACAACCGGAAGAAAUAUGCAUUCGACUUGAGGAACAAAUGCCAAGCGCCCCAGCAUCCGAACAGCCCUCAACAUCAACCAGCCAGCAAGAAACUCAGCUUCAGCAGCAAAAGCGUCCUCAUCCACAGGCUCGAAACCCACGACUAAAAUCUCAAACAUCUGAAAGUCUCGUGAGUGUUGGAGAUGGAUCGGUUAAAUCUUCAGAGCGCCGACGAGCCGUGGAGGAAGAAACGGCUGAAAACAAGCGGAUUACAGCCAUUGUUGGAGGAGCAACUGCCUGCAUAUUUCUCGCCGCUUUCAUCCUCAUCGCAGUCACAUUAAAAAUGACGCCGAAAAUUGAUGAAAUUUUACCCGGCUUUCCCGGAAGAGGAAUCUCUCUACCCUUUGCACUUUCACUCGGCUGGAAGCUGUACAAUUGUUACCGACGAUAUUAACUCUCAGAGUCUUGUGGUACGCCGAUAUGUAUUUUAUGCAAAUCAUUCUAAUAAUGCGAAAUAACUCCCGAAAUCUAUGUACAUCAUAUAGUAUUUUGUACCAAACUUAUUAUCGAUAUGCAUUUGAAUCGACUUAGGGAAUAAAAACUCCAAUUUACCCCUUAGCCGACGCAGGUUUGACUUGUCAAACAUUUUUCAUAAAAGCUCUGGUUUAUUUCAACGUUAUGGUUUCACAUGCUUAUUGCGUUAUAUGGCCAUGCGUUAAAGGAACUCAAAUUAUACAAUGUAUACAUGCAAUUUGUAAAAUAAAUGGAAUAAAACCUACCAAUUUAUACCACUCUAAGUAAUGAAGUCGGGGGAAAUGUUCGUAGUGAAAGUGGCAUAUUUUUGCUUCUUCAUCACUUUAACCCUAAAACCACAAAAGCAUAACACAGCGGAAUUUGAUGUAACGGAAGCUGUAUUGCAUCAUCAUAAUUUCUUCAACUUUAAUUUCGACCAAAGAAUGGCAGCUAUAAAUUAUAAUUCUUCAUGCAGGCCAGUAAGAUAGUGGUCUGCAUGGAUUGAUGGACGGGGUUGCUCCAGUUUGGCGGAAACAAGGCGGUGGUGCUCAGAUUCAUGAGUCCGUUUUCGCAAAUUACUUUUUCUUAUCAACAUCCGGCUUUUAAUACAAAUUGCUGAUAUAACUCUCGUCUCUGUUGCUUUUUGUGAUUUCUUCUCUCAUCACAUCCCAUCAUCUCAUGCGAUAAAGUAAGCUCCGAGUAGCCCCCAGUGACUCGUAUUGCUUUGUCUGCGCGUUCUAUCCUAUUUCACGGGCCAAUUCCAUUUCCAUCUCCCUUGUCCCACAUACGUAGUAUGUAAGUAGGCAUGUGUGUCUGUUACAGCGAACAAUAAUGCCAGGGAAUUCUGUAGAAAACCGGUAGAAAUUCAUCGUCAAUCUUGGGCGUU